GGUGUUUCACACAACACAACUCUUCAGUGUUUAACUCUCACUCAAUGCAGCUCAACAUGUUACCUCUUUCACACCUCACAACUUUUUACAUAAUUUUACAAACGUGUUCAGGAGCAACAUUUACUACAAAAUUUCCUUCAGGCUAUAAUAUUUCCACAGUGUCAAGCAGACAAGCAUUUAUCACCCUUCUUGAUCAUUUCUGGUAUUAAAAGUCUGGGACUUACUCAGGAAACAAUUGUGGUGAAAAUAUUGAAAUUCCGUAACUGAAGUAAUUCUCAUAAACACCUAAUAAUUAGCAAGAGAAAACUACAUGAAGAUUGUAGCGCUGCUGCUGCUGGCUCUGCUGGGGUUGGUGGUCUGCGAGCCUCCGCCUCCACACUUCAACCGUUUCUUCCCUCAACAAGUCCAACAACGACCUCAAACAUUCCACCGCCGUCCUCCACCAUUCCAGAGACCUUUCCAAGGUGGCGGCUUCCAGACUCGACCAAGAUUCCAGUCUCCACCCAGACCUGCACCUCAACAGUUUUCAUCUGGAGGAGCGGUUGAUGCCACUCUGGGCCGCAGUGAAUAUUACUUCUCUUGGAGACACGACGGUGGAAGGAAAUACACUGGCACUGAAGCUGCCAGGGUAUGUACAAGUCUGGGCAGGGGAUGGCAGCCCAUAGGCAUCAGUUCCGGUGAAGAGAUCGCCUUCGUUAUUAGUGUUGUUGGAGGAGACCGAGUUGAGUACAUCUGGACUGGUGGUGUGAGGACCGGCAACGGUAAUGAAUUUAUCUGGGUGAAUGGUGAACCUUUCACAGUGAAUAAUUGGUCACACACAGGAGGACUCGGCAGACCUCAACCUGACAACCGCGAGAAUGGAAACGAGAACUGCCUGUCCGUGCUAAACAACAUCUACAAUGAUGGCAUCUUAUGGCACGACGUGGCGUGCCACCACCUGAAGCCCGUCAUCUGUGAGAGACACAUUUAACUCCCUCCUCUCACUUGCACAC